AUGGUAGGUGUUACAUCCAUCGAGAAGACAUACGUUGUUGGUUUUGCUUUUUUGAAGUGUGAAAAAGAGGAUAAUUUUAUGUGGGCAGUAAAGGUGUCUCGGUCACUUUUGAGGGAACAAGUCGAGAUGCCUAAGGCGAUUGUUACGGACCGUAAUACCGUGUUGGUGAAUGUGGUGGCAAAGUUGAAGGAGAAGGUUGUUUUUGCGUGGACUGGUGACUUUUGUCGAGAUUGGGAUUCCGUAAAUCUCAUGAUUAAAAACCAACACAAUGAGAUACAAACCAUAUUUGGUCGAAGCAUUACGGUGUUGGAACAUCGAUUCAAGGACAACAUACUUUAUUCUCAAUUGAUCGACAAUGUGUCUCGGACCGGGUUGAACUAUAUUUUUCACGAGGCCAAACGAGGUGAAGUUGUAGGUUCCGAUAACGCAAAGUGUGGUUGUACUAUUUCUAAAACGUAUGGUCUCCCAUGUGCGUGUGUUAUUGCUAAAAAGAUAAAACCAGGCGAAAAAUCGAAUAUCUCUAUUACUUCCGAAUUGGAAGCGAUACAAGAGAGGUUUUCGAAAGCCGGUGACAACAUAAAACUCCACAUCAAAGAACAAUUGCGGAAGAUUGGAUAUCCCAAAACAACCGACAUGAAACCGUCUUCUCAACUGGUUAAGACAAAGGGUGCACCAAAGAAAUUGAAGCCUACAUCAAAUGACAACUCGACUACACGAGCUCAUUCGUAUUGUGAACAUGUCGAUAAACUUUUUCCUGACUCACCAACUCCAAAAUCUCAAACAAGUUCAAAUAAAGAAGUUUUCAUAAGCAAACCACCUCCGACACCUAUUCCGCCGAAAAUUCCAAUCAUCGAAGAGAUGCCUAUUCCGGCAAAAAUUACAUUCAUCAAAGAGAUGCAGGUUUUUAUGCACAAAUACAUUGAGCGGAUAGUCAACGUUGCGGGGGACGGUAAUUGCGGUUACCGGACCGUCUCGACGUUACUUGGUAAUGGAGAGAAUAGUCAUACGCUUGUCCAUCAUCAACUUAUCCAAUAG